AGAAAUUUGGGCUAGAAGAGGAUCUAUCCGUAAGUACUCGAUUACGUGCGAUCAAGGGAGAUUAGUCGCGAGCAAACGACCGAGAUCGAACGUCGAACGGCCCCAGGAAUAGGAACUCAAUGUGGAGCCGCUACUCACGAUCCAUGCCACAGCGGAUGGCCGAGUACCGCGAGCAGGCCCGAGAUCUAAUCCAGAGCCACCCGCAGAGCCUGGGAUUCCAAUCGGUGGACAAAGUCCGGAUUGAUUGCUCGUUCAUGCCCAGCUCGCAAUGGGGCACGCUGCGGACCCUGCCCGCCUGGUUGCUUCACCUGCGCCUGCAAUUCGGCCAGCCGAGUGGCUACAAACUGGCGAACGCGAAGAUCGAGCUGGUCUUCACCAAAGCCGACGAGCCGUCACGCGGUGAUCCCAGCCUGACGAAGUUGGGUCCGAUCGUGACGAGUUACUUUGGACCCAAAACGGUCAGUGGGGAAGUGGCAGAUCCGAGGCGUGGCGCGGCCGCAUUCCAGGCCGCUGCUGCAGAGGCAGGCGACGAGCUGGAGCAGUGGGCUCUGCGCGCUUACACCUGGCCGAUUGAGGGGGACAACACGGGCCUGCAUCGCCGCGUGGAGUGGAUCGUCCGGGAGGCUCGAUCCCCAUAUCAGACCGUUCUUCAUCGGGACCAGGUCUCGGUGGGUCUCGUGCUGGAGCAUGACCUGGAGCCCUUUUUCGUGGCUGUGCGCAUCGAAGGCGAAUUACAGCAAUCUCGACGAUGGUUCCGUUUCCCUCGGAUUUCAGACGCCGAACAGCCAAGCGUCUCGGUCAGAGUGGCCCCGUGUGCGGAUCCGGCUCACGCCCUGGACGAAGUCGCCCGGCAAUUAAACAAGACUCUGACAGCGCAGAUCGUGGUCCCGCGGAGUCAAUCCACCAACAGUGUCAAACGGGCACGGCGCGCGGAGUCCGACGAGACCGCGGCCCAUGUGCAAGAGAAAAAGCCUAAGCGGUCGCGCGCAGAACCAGCAGAGCCAACAGAACCAGGAGAACCAGGAGAACUACCAUGUCCGGCCGCCCCGCCGCCACGGAGAUGUGAAGACUACGCAAUCGGAUGGAUCUGUGCAUUGCCGGUGGAACUGGCUGCGGCGCAAGCAAUGCUCCAGGAGGCUCAUCCCCGGUUACCGGCAGGGUGGAACGAUCCGAACAAUUAUCUCUUCGGGAGUAUCGGCAUGCAUAAUGUGAUCAUCACCAGCCUGCCGGCUGGGGUCUACGGCACGACGUCAGCCGCCACCGUUGCAGCUCAUAUGCAAGCCAGCUUCCCUCAUCUCAAGUUCUUCCUCAUGGUUGGAAUCGGCGGUGGAGUCCCCAGCGAAGACGCGGACCUUCGACUUGGGGAUAUCGUCGUGAGCAAGCCGAAAUUGGGGUACGGGGGAGUAGUCCAAUAUGACUACGGCAAGGCGAUGGCAGAUGGGAGUUUCCAGGUGACAGGAGCCCUGAACAAGCCGCCCCAAGCCCUGUUGGCGACCCUGGCAAGAUUAGAAGCAGAGGACAUGGUCAAUGGCAGCCAGAUCGUGCGCCAUUUAGAAAAUAUGGUCACUCGCUAUCCGCAUAUGUCUCUCUUCACUCGUCCAGAGGAAGAUGAUAUCCUGUUCGAAGCAGACUACGUACAUCCGGUGCCGACGGCGGAUUGCUCGGAAUGCGACCACGCCCGUGCUCUGAAACGUCUCUGCAGGGCGUCUGAUGCCCCUCGGGUGCAUUGCGGGCUUAUCGCGUCGGGAAAUAGUGUUAUGAAAGACGCCAUGGCUCGGGACAAGCUCGCGCAGUCUCUGGGGAUCAUCUGCUUCGAGAUGGAAGCCGCAGGCUUGAUGGAUAGCUUUCCGUGCCUCACCAUCCGCGGGGUCUGCGACUACGCUGAUUCGCACAAGAACAAGACGUGGCAAAGCUAUGCCGCGGCGACUGCAGCGGCUUAUGCUAAGGAACUGCUUUGUAUGCUACCUGUCCGUCAGGUAGAGCUACUUCCCACGAAAAUCGAGAAUAUGCCAGGUAGUCCAUGAUAUGUAGCUCAAUCAAGUCAUUUUAAUCAAC